CCGAGUGAGAGCCAUGUUUUGCGGCCCAGUUUCAUUGGAAUAAUGAGUUUUAUUUUGAAACGUCUAAAUUCUGAACAAACCAUUGUUCUUGACCGAGAAUGUUACACCUGUGGACGCGAUAAAAAAAAUAACAUUGUGUGCCUUAGCCCAGUGGUUUCACGGUCUCACUGCAUAUUUGUCCAUAAAGAUGAUGGACUCAACAUUUUUGAUUUGGGGAGUGCAAACGGGACAUUUGUGAAUGGCUUAAAAAUCACCCCAAAAGUCUACAUCACCUUAAGCCCUAAUGACACAGUUGGCAUUGGCUGUUUCAAAGUCGAAUCCUUCGAAAAACAGGAUUUCGUAUAUCUUCUUCAACCCUGUCCAGAUGAUUUACCUAAAAAGAAUUCUGGUCCCAGCACGAAACGUAAACUGGAGACUGACUCCACUUCGAGUGUGCCCAGAAAGGUAAUAAGAGUUGAGGAUCCAGUUGUUAUUAGCAUCGAGGACAACAGUCUCUCUGAGGAGAAGAACUCAAAAAGUCAAAAUGGAGUAGAACCAUCAAGUGCUUUACCCAACGGUUCCAAAGAUUCUCAACCUACCACAAGUGCAGAAUCGGUUUCACCCCCGAAAAGCAACAAAACACCUCGAAUGAUCGAAGAUUAUGAUUCUUAUGGAGAUUCGAGGGAGCUCAUAAAGAAGAAGCGAAUAUGCAAGAACACUUCAGUGGAUUUAACAAAAUCAGUGGAGAAUGGAGUGGAACUGAUGAGCGGACAUCAUUCCACACCACUUCCCAAGGGGAAAGAGUCGCCAGUUCUUAUAAAAUACGAAUUGGACAUCAAAGAUGAUGACUCCCAGCCCUGUGCUCCCGCUCCUCCCGUUCCCCCGGUGGAUGAACUUUUGGCCCCUGCCGUACCCAAAGACGAGCCCAGACUCAGCUACUCGCAGAUAGACUGUGACGACUUCAUUGACGACGACGAGGACAUCUUCUCCCAGAAAUCUGUUUCAUCAAUCCACAAUACUCCGGACAGGAGUAACACUGAAGAUUUAAAUCUGGAGAAUAAAGAUAAGCAUUCUGACUCUUACACUGACUUAUUCCACAGUCAGGAGAAAGAACCAGACAUCAUCACACUGUCUGACGAUGAUGAUGAUGAGGAGAACAACCCUUGGCUGAUGAGAUUGUAUCAGAGUCAGAUUCUCAAUGAAAGUCAAAUUAAGGAGGAAGAGCCUGCUGAGCCUGUACACCUGAAAGCUGCUCUUGAAGAUCUCAAUCGUUUGGAUUUACCUGAUGAAGUUGAAGAUGAGGAAAAGGAUAAUAUUGGAAUUGAUGAAGAGAUGGAAGAAAGACUUCCAGAACCUGACAAAUUGAAAGAAGUUUCGAGAGAUGCUACUGUAGCCAUUGAAGAACCGAAGAAGACUAAAUCAAAAUCGUCAAAAUCAUUAUCGUCAAGAGAUUCAAAGUCAUCGACAAAAUUGAAAACUCCAAAAGAAUCUAAAGAACCUGCGGAUUCAAAAAGAUGUAGCGAAUCUAAAGAUUCGAAAAAGUCUAAAGAAAGGAGGAAAAGACACGAGAAAUCUAGCAAAUCAAGAGUCAGUAUAUCUAGUCACGAUGAUCACUCUGAUGACUCUGAACGUAAGAAAUAUAAAGAAAAGUCAGAGAAGAGAUCAAAAAAAAGGCACAGUGGAUUUGUAGAAAAGCUUUCAGUAAAAUCUUUCUACAAAUCUUCAUCAAAAUCCGAGGAUGAGAGUGAGAAAAGAGUUUCAUCAUUCGAUGAGCCAUCGACAUCCAAACGAGACAGCACGGAAUCAUUAAUUUCCAGGAGAUUGAGCUUUGAAAAAUCCCCCCUGGAGUCAAAACACGUCAAGAAAAUUCCGCAGAUCGAUCCGCCAUUCCUCAAGAAAGGAGAGAGACGAGGAGUCAGUUAUGGAAUUAAGAAGCUCAAUUUCUCGAAUGAAGGUGAUGCUUCUUCAACAUCAUUAGGUAAUGCUGAUGAUCUUGAUGGAGAUUCUAGCGAUUUCCGUUCAAUCGUAUCAAAACCUCGGAAACUAACAGCCAAAGAGAAGAAGGAAUUAGCUAAUCAGGAGAAAAUCAUAGACGUCAUCUACAAAAACGAACAGAGACGACGAAGACUAACACACAGAUGGGCAGAGUGUCUUCCUCCAAGAGAACGCCGACGUUCAUCCCUCUCUAAAUCCCAAAGAGAGGAGAUAAAGCACGACCGCAAGGAGAAACUGAAGAGGUUAGCAGAAGAGAAGAAGAAGCAAUCAUCAAGCGACUUGCCUGAGAAGAGAGCUUCCAAGCCAAAAGCCAAGGUCUCCAACAAAACUCGUGGGGACUUUCUUAUCACAGACCAAGAGGAGGAAGCCAAGACCGACUCUACCUCCAAGAAAUCCCCCAAAAUCCUCACGACGACUGAAACCUCUAUCACAAAGUCAAAAUCCAGCAGUCCCGAGCUCCCGAAAAUUCCCAAAACCCUUGGUGAUAAAACCGAGAACGAAGUUUCCUUAAAACCCAUUAUAAGAUCUCCAAGAAAAAUUAAACUAAUCGCAUCGAUUCCAGAAUCAACUUCAAAGAAAUUGACUUCAAAAGAGAUCAAACAGAUCAAAGAAUCGAGUAUUAAACUUGUCGACAUCUGCGCUGUCACGAAGAUAGCAACGAAAAAGGAUAAAGAGAAGGAGAAUCGUGCACCGAAUGAUUCCAAGAAGAAGGUCAGCUUCAACACUGAUGAGCCUGAAGUUCGAGUUUUCCAGAUUGAUCCUGGGAAUACUCUCAAGAAGUGUGUUCAGAAGGAUGCCUUACUCCCUCAGAAAUUCUCGAAACCUGCCAACCAGCCUUCCAAUCCAGUGAUAAACAAUCCAAAACUUGAGGAGUUCCUGCUGAGACUAUUUAACUGGAACCCAGCGUGGCUGAAAGAACAAAUGGUCAUCAAAGAACCUCCCCCAGUCGUUGACUAUAACUCCCUGAAACCCCUCCUGUCUGCCUACAGCUCCUACGACGACUACUACAGAAUAACGGCUCCAUUGCUAGCCCUAGAACUCUGGAACGGGCUAUCUAAGGACUUUGAAAUGAACGAGCAGAGUUUAAGACAUCCUCCUAUCAUGGCGUGCAUUACCCCCGGCACCAUCACCAGACAGCCUGUCCCCAACACGAAACUCCUAAUCACUACGUUCUUACUGCAGGCAGUCGUGAGCAGAGAACAGAUCAGCAGCCAGCAACAUCCAGUCAUGGGGGAUCUCGUUAUCUUCAGGAUUGGCUUUCAAAAGAACGAAGCCAAGCAGUAUCAUACGAUCUUCGCGUAUGUCUCCCAGGUAGAUCAAAGGGUCAUCACCCCCUUCACAAAGUACAACAAGGACUUAUUGAAACACGUCCAGAAUCCUCACACUCUGCUAACGUACUCCAUGAUGACAAAACCCUUACCUGUUAACGUGGGGGUUGACGACGUCCAGAAGUUGAUGACAGUCAGCUAUCUUCGAUCAAGCAUGAGGAUGAUUCAAGCUCUUCAGUACUUACCCACAUCUCCUCUCCUCAAACAAAUCCUCCAGCCAACUGUUGACCAGUAUCAGCUUCCCACUGUUGAAAAUUGCGAUUCCUAUUCUCUAACAACUAAGGAAAAGCUCAAUGCCAAGCAAAUGGAAGCGGUGAUGAAGAUCACUGAGACUGUGGUAAAACGAAUUCCGAAAAUCUGUAUGAUCCAGGGUCCCCCUGGCACGGGCAAGUCGAAGGUGAUCGUCAAUGCUGUGACGGAAAUUCUUUAUGGGAAUAAUAGGUAUCAGCAUCACAAGCUGACAAGGAUCCUCGUUUGCGCUCCAUCCAACGCAGCAAUUGAUGAGAUUGUUCUAAGACUGAUGGACAUUAGAACGAAUCUCCCUAAAGACCAACGAUUCAAAAUGGUGAGAAUUGGAAAGCAGGAGACGAUGCACAAGUCAGUCAGAUCCAUCUCCGUCUCUGAACUUGCCAAGCGUGAUGUAGAGAAGACAACAGCUGAGUACUGCAACCACCAGAAUAUGGAGAGCAUCGAGGAAGAAAAGAACUUCCUGAAGGCCAGAAUCAACGCUAUCGAGUCAGAGCUAGAGUAUUCCAAAAAUAAAGACGAAAAUUGUAGGCAAUAUAUUUUGAGAAAAUUAACUGGAGUGAGGCUGAAAUACGAAUUAUUGACUAAUCCUCGUAAUAGUGAGAAUGGAAUCAAUCCUAAGCAAUUAAUUAAGCUCCAGAGGUCAGCUGAAAAUACAAUUCUAUCUGGGGCUGAUGUCAUCACCUGCACUCUGUCUUCCUGCUAUACGAAUCAGAUGGAAGCAAUCUUCGGUGGAAAUAAGGAUAAGAUAUCAGUUUGCAUUGUGGAUGAAGCUACUCAGAGUGCAGAGGCUGAGACCUUGAUUCCUCUGAUGCUAGGGGUAAAUACUCUGGUGCUCGUUGGAGACCCUAAUCAACUGCCUGCCACUGUGAUAUCUCAAGAUGCCAAAAAAUUGGGGUUGGAUCAAUCACUAUUUGCGAGGUUGUACAAUGCAUUUGAUGGUCAGCCUUCUAACCCAGUUAUCGUACUGGAUACCCAGUACAGGAUGUCGUAUCCAGUUGCUUACUGGCCGAAUCGUUAUUUUUAUGCUGGAGCUUUGAGGAACGCUGCUAUUUUGAGAACACUGCCAUUCCAUUUUUAUAGAGUUAUUAAUUUGGCUUCCACACAGAAUAAUGAUAGAUUCUCAAAUACUAAUGAGGCUAUAUUUAUUACUAAUAUUAUUCAUACAAUGAUGACGUAUUCCAAGCUUGAGGGGUUCAAUGGAAUAUUGAGGGUGGGUAUUAUCACUCCUUACAAUAAUCAGAAGAUCAUUCUUAAUGCCAAGAUCAGGGAUGUCAUGUCUGGGAUGGCAGAGAAUAUUCGAAAGAAGAUUCAGAUUGAGGUCAACACUGUGGAUAGCUUCCAAGGGCAGGAGAGGGAUGUUAUCAUUAUGUCCUGUGUCAGGAGCUCUGGGAUUGGAUUUUUAUCAGAUCGGCAGAGGCUGUGUGUUGCCUUGACAAGGGCGAAACACAGUCUCUUCAUCUGUGGCAACUUCAGAACUUUCGAGAGGGAUGACAUGUGGAAGACACUGUUAGCUGAUGCUAGGUCACGUGGAGUUCUCGUCGACGUGAAUUAUGCGGCUGGGCCAAAUGUUAUCAAGGGACACAUUAUGAAGUGAUUACGUUGAUUUUUCUGUUGUACAUAUGUGAAUAGUUUAAAUAUGAAUUUUUUUUUUACUUUUCCUUUUUGAAAUAACGUGCUGUUAUUGAGCUAAAAUGCACAAAUUAUCCAAAACUUUGAUAGAUUCUUGCGAGUGCCGGGAACAUUAUUGAUUAUUAUUGCAAAAAAUGAUAAUAAAAAUAUGAGGUUUUUUCAACUGAA